AUGGAUGUAAAGGGUAAAGAGAAAGGUAUCCUGAAACUGGAGCGUCGCCCUCGCAUCAUCGUCGAGGCGCGAUCGGAGCUGACACCGCAGGGUUCAUAUGAGCACGCACCGAUAUCGCCGCAGCCAUCCGUGGAUAGGCUGUCUGUAACGUGGGCGGACCCUGGCAGUAUGGCGUCAUCUGGGGUCAAUCUGUUCCACUUACCCUCUGAUAAUCCAGUCAGCAACGAAGUCAAGUUUUCACCAUCGGCUGGAGAAGGUUCAGAAGAUGAAGACUACUCGGCCAGCUUGAGUGCAGUUCUACGACAGCGACGGACCAGCGUGAGACGGUCAAGGAAGGGAAGGGCGAGGCGACCCUCGUCACCGUUCCUUCCUGAUGAACCACGAGCCAGGAGACGGUCUUCCGUCCUCACCACCAGCUCCGGCGACACGGCAAUAACGAUAGAGGAUGGCCAGUCUACUAAAGAUGUGGUUACCCAGGAACAGAUAUUCGAGAACAUUCAUUUGCACAAAGAAGUGUUGGGAUCGGUGAAGCAGCAACCACUGGGCAUGCGUCGUAAGCUGAAGAUCGUUCACCAGGCCAAAACUUACAUCAAGCGGCAUGAGGGCCAGCUGCAGGAGAGACUAGCCCAGUCAAAGAGUACCAGAGACAUCUAUGCACGUUUCAACAUACUUCUUGCUACAAAAUGGCAACAACUGAAAAGGGAAGCAGCCAACACUUCGAACCUGCUCAUUCCGUGGGAGUUGCGCAUCAAAGAAAUCGAAUCCCACUUCGGAUCAGUGGUGGCAUCGUACUUCACCUUUCUUAGAUGGCUGUUUUGGGUCAACUUGGUCAUUGGGUUCAUUUUGCUCGUUUUCGUUAUUGUUCCUGAGGUUCGUAAUACCUUCACACUAACUAAAAAGCUUCUUGUCAUAAUAGAAUGA